GCACUACGAUGCUCCCAUCCGGACUCUGGUUGACAUUUACGGCCCGGACAUGGAUCAGAAUGAGCGCGUGGCAGCGCAGCCGAACGGAAUGCGCGUGGCCGGCUCUGUACGAGACCCAAUUGCGAUGAUCGUCUCGGCAUAUUGCUACCAUCAUCGUGGGGAGGAGUUGGGCUACGUGACCUUGUGGCCUCCCGGGUUGAUUAUGACCAUGGGCCCAGAAGAUCCUUGGGCUGCACUGACCGUACUCUUUAGCGAACCCAGCAGUCCUUCUGGUUGCAUUGGCCAAGCGUGUUCUAUGCCGGACAGAUUUGCCCCCUCAAUCGCCAUGAAGGCAAUCAGCUCACUCGUAUAUUCUUGA